AGUUCACCCUUUACCGUCGCUGGCAUUAUUGCUAGCAGGGAUAAUAUUCCAUACUUAUCUAAACACAUCCCCAAACAAACAACUCCACCCCCUCCUGCACAAAAAAAUCUUUCAAAAAACAGCAACGAAUCAUAUCACAUUUGUAACUACGAGAUGAUAUCUCUAUAUAUGUGCUUAUUCCCCUCCCGUCGUAUCGACGACCUCUACGGUAGCGACCACUUUCCUAUCCUCUCAAGAAUCUCCUCCCCUAGCCCCGCCUUCCACUUCAAAGCCAGAGUUCGCUUCAUAACCGUUCAAGCCGACUGGAACCGACUCAACGAAAUUUGUGUAGUCCAAUCUACGCUCUUUCCCAUCUCCUCUAACGUAAGCCAAGAAACCUCACGCAUACAAAAAGUUAACCGUAUAGCUGCAGGCAAUUCCAUUCCCCAAUCCUCUUCCAAACCAUCCAAAUUGGGGCCACGUUGGUGGAACAAUGAACUCAGUUCACUAAGGCAACAAAAACAGCUUGCAUGGCACGAGUUCAAACGUAGCCGUUUAGUCACCAGUUUAGUAAAAUACAAAAAUCUGAACGCCCCUUUCCGUCGUAAAGCCAAAUCUGCCAAGAUUAUCUGCUUCCAAAAGUUCACUAGCGAAAUUAAUCCCAAUUCUAGUACUAAAAAAAUUUGGUCUGACAUAAGAAGACUAACGGGUUUACCGUCUUUCUCCCCAAUCUCCUUCCUCAAAUCCUCCCGUGGUAAUCUACUAUAUCCCCGUGAUAUAGCCUCGGAAUUCGCUCUUCACUUCUCCAAUGUUUCCUCUAACUCAAACUUCCCCCCAGAAUUUGCUCACAGCAAACAUUCAACCCUUAACAACCCUCCUCCAACUUGUCUCCAUCGGAGAAGUUCUUAGAUUCCACCCCCGAAAUCCUCUCUAUCCUUUCUCGUGUUGAGGGCAAAACCCCCGAAGACGAUAAAAUAUCAUACCCCAUCAUUAAGCUUCUCCCUCCCUCCUUACUAUCCCGUCAAACCAACCACUAUAACAUACAACACUGGCAACUAUCCUUCCCAAUGGAAAACUAGCGCUAUACCUCCAAUCUUGAAACCUGGGAAGCCCCGGGGGAAGGCAAAGGACAUUAGAUGCUCUUCUGCAUCUUGAUCACGUCGUGUCUGAAGCAUUAUCCCACAAAAAUUAUGUUACAAUACUUUCCCUCGAUUUUUUACGGGAGCCACGUCAAUGUAAAACAACUAAUCAAAUGGAAAGUUGGCUCAAAAAUUUACGGAUUCAUUAAAUCAUUCCUUUCCAAACGCAAAAUGGUUGUCCUCAUAUGCAAUUCGCGUUCCGAUGUACUUCCUCUUGAUAAUGGCACCCCUAAAGGGUCUGCUCUCCAUCAUUCUCUUUACAACUGCAUUUAACGAAAUAAGCGCUAUUUUGGCUGCUUUUCCUCGCAUUAUUUUCAAAAACUUCAGAUCUGACAUUAGUCAUGACUUUCCUUACAGUGAUAUAUAGUAUUAGCUUUGUUAUUUAAUUUGUCCAAGUCCUCAGGCACGACAAUUUCUCCGACCAAAUCCAAACAACUACAUAUUUGUAAAAAAAAAAAAAAACAUUGUAACACACCUACUCUUAACUUUAACAAUGUAAAUUUAUCUUCAGAUAUGAACAGAUGUGAACUUAAAUAGCAUUAUCAAACAUCUAUCGAGUAAGCGCUCACUCCUCGGCCCGGCUCUACGGGUAAACCUAACCAAGUUUAUCAUCUCAUCUAUAAUAAAUUACAGCAAGAUGCUGACUGCACUUUACCACUCUGAAGUUCGCCGCUAUAUUCUCGCAUUUCCGUCAUCUCCAUCUCCAUUAAAAAGCAUUUUAUUGGCAUCUGGACUACCUUCUUUAAAGAGCAGUGUGGAAGACUGCCUAUGUAAGCUCUACUUGUCAUGUGUUCCAACAUCGUCUUGAAACAGGAUUUCUUACCAGCCGUAUCUAAAAAAACGUUCGCAAAAGGUGGUACCAUCAUCUAUUUACAAAUACGCCUUAUUUUCGAAAGACAAAGCAAAAUUCAAAUCCAUUUACCUUGGCGGGUCAAACACCCUCCGUGAAAAGUGAAAAAAACCUCGUUUCUAACUGACCUUGUAAAACUGUAAAAGAAAUAAACACAAUACGCCUAGUUGCGUGUACAAAGGUCGCUUCCCUGAAGCAACUACCCCCUUCAAAUCAGUCGUCACGAAGCUCCUAUUCACAAAUGGAUCGAAAGCAUCUUACAUCUCCUUCGCCGCAGUCGGAGAAGACAAACACCUUAUUUCCCAUGUACUAAUAUUUUCAUUUUGCUCAAUUUUCAUAGCUGAAACAUAGAAGAAGCACAGUAUUAUCUCUUAAUUGGGUAAAUUAUAAUCAUCAUUACUUAAGGACUAACCCAAGUCACAUCAAGCCUGAUUUUCCGUCAACCAUGCCGACCAAUUUAGUUACACCUAUUGAGCGGCAGCUGCCAGAAUCAAUGUUUCUUCUGUGAUUCCUUCGUCAUUCAUCACUUGCUUACCGCCUUUCCCGCUCUGGAAAACUCGAGAACAAACCACAAAAAAUCAAACGGAGAUCCGUUUCAUUUAUUAACCACCAUCAGCUGAAAACAUCUCUAAAAUUAUUUCUUAAAGGAAUCCGAUCUUCUUUACUGUAUCUAAAUAAACUAAUCAGCCGAAAGCCGAUGUUGCUAGCGCUGCGUUUCAUAGUUUCAAGACCACCGGUUCUAUGUACCGGAGUUGAUCCGGAUUUUAUCCGGCCAAGGGCUGUCACCCUUUCGGCGGCCUAACCCCUCCAAAUCC